AUGGCAGGAGAUUCUUCACCGCAUCAACUCUCGCCUUCUCAGAAUGAAGAUCUUAACCUCCCCAACGCUCCACCAGCACCCGGCGUUGACCGGGACGGAAUUGAAGAUGAUACCGUAGUAAAGUCUGAGAACCAGCCGCCUGUGUCACUGGAAGACUUAUUUGAGGGCGGUGGUGAUGACGACGAUCUUGGAAGCGGCGUCCCUACGUCCAGCGAAGCUAACAUCCCCUCUUCACCACCUGAAUCGGCACCGGGCUCAUCAGAAAACGCCACUGCGACUUUACAGCAGGAGUCAUAUUCCGAUCCGGCCAUAAUGAAACAGUUCUAUGCCCGACUUUUUCCCUUUCGAGCCCUUUUCCAGUGGCUCAACCACUCCCCUAAACCAGGACCAGAUUUCACCAACCGAGAGUUCGCAUUGACCCUUCCGAACGACGCGUAUCUUCGAUAUCAAUCCUACCCUACAGCGGACUUGCUACGCAAAGACAUCUUGCAACAUAUUCCUUCUCGGUUUGAAAUUGGUCCAGUCUACACUACAAACCCAAGGGAGCGAAAGACGCUGAGGAACAGCUCCAUGCUCAGACCCUUGAGUAAAGAGAUUGUCUUCGACAUUGAUUUGACGGACUACGACGACAUUCGUACAUGCUGUGAAAAGGCAAACAUUUGUUCCAAAUGCUGGUCCUUCGCCACAAUGGCAAUUAAAGUCGUCGAUGUUGCCCUGAGAGAAGACUUUGGCUUUGAACACAUCAUUUGGAUUUAUUCCGGACGUCGCGGCGUCCACGCCUGGAUCAGUGAUAAGAAAGCCAGAAAAUUAGACGACGACAAACGCAAAGCUAUCACCGGGUACUUCGAAGUGUUGAAGGGAGGUGUGCAAGGUGGCAAACGAGUGAAUCUCAAGCGGCCACUGCACCCCCACAUUGCUCGAAGCCUGGAGAUUUUGAAGCCAUACUUUCAGCAGGUCUUGAUCGACCAGGAUCCUUUCAUGUCUCAGAAAGGACAAGACCGUCUCCUCCAGUUGCUUCCAGACAAGGCGCUGAACGAGGCCCUGGUCAAGAAGUGGUCAAGCAGCCCAGACCGACCGAGCAUCAGGAAAUGGGAAGAUAUCGAUGCUCUGGCCAAGACUGGUGUCAGCAAGACCUUGGACACCAAGGCCUUGGUCGAAGCAAAGCAAGAUAUUCUCCUCGAAUACACAUAUCCGAGGCUGGAUGUGGAAGUCGGCAAGAAGCGAAUCCAUUUGCUGAAAAGUCCCUUUGUCGUGCACCCUGGCACAGGACGAGUAUGCGUGCCCAUCACAGCCGGUGGUGACAUGAGCCGAGCCGAGUCCUUUGACCCGCUCUCCGUGCCCAAGCUCAACGAACUACUCAGAGAAGUUGAUCAAUUUGGCAGUAACGACGAACCUGACGAACGAGCAAACGGGUAUAUUGAGGAUGGCGUCACAAUGAGGAAGCUGAAUGAUUGGGAAAAGACCAGUCUCAAACCCUACGUCGAACUGUUUGACGCAUUUGUCAAAUCCUUGCUCAAGAGCGAAAUGGUUCGAGUGAAAAGAGAACGGGACGAAGACGGAGUCACCGGAGCCGACGGGAUGGAAUUUUGA